CCAGUCCGGGGAAUGACCACGAAAGCAGGAAGGAAAGACAACCAUAAACAGUGCGAAAAAUGCGAGUGCCUCAUUUUGCCCGACGGUUCGGACCAGAAGUGCACCAAAACAAAGUCAAACAAAGAAAAAAAUGUGUACGACUCUUCGGGAGACGGUGACGAAAGCAGCGGCGAAGGGAUCGUCAUUUCGCCGAAAUGUCACGAAACCAUCAAGAUUUACGUCAAGGGGGGACCCUGCCUGGACAGGGACGAGUCUUCUCUCGAGAAGGAUAUUUGGACGAUUCCGAACAGCGACACAGGAGAUGAUACGACGUCCAGAGCGGAGCCCGCCCCUCAAGUAAAGCCGUCUUCUCAAACCAAACCGGCUCCCUCGGAGCCUUCAGGUACCCCCAGCAAAACGACCCAGACCGCCGACGAAGAACCUCCCCCCAAGAAGAAAAACGUCUGCUUCCGACUAUGUCGCAAAAAGAAGCCCGCGGAAAAAGAAAACAAGAAAGGGGACGAUAAGAAAAAGGACCAAGGUAAAAAGACUGACAAGUGUCACAAAGAUUGCAACACACAGACGUGCCCGUCGGGUCCGAAAGCCGGAAAGUUGGGUGACGAUUUGGAAGAGAUAGGAGAUUUUCUUAAAACCUGUCCAAAGUGUAAAAGUUGUGGGAAGGCAGGGGGUGGAGGGUGCAAUACUAACACGAUUAUUUUUCCGAGGGCUCAGUGCGGAGGAGACGGGGUGAUUGCUAAUCUGGAGAACAUGUUGCGUUUGGAGGCGAAAACUAAUAGCAGAAAUGUCGAAGACAUAAUGAGCGAGUUGCAUAGACAGAGGAGGGAGAUUCAUGAGGUGAAAGAUAUGUUGGAGAUGUUAAUGAGGGCGAUGCGAGAGCAGUUGUUUAUGAGUGCGUUCGGAAAAGGAAAAACGCACAUGCUUGAUGAUUCAUACAAGACAAAUAACUUAGAACGCAAAAGUAACACCCUCUCUAUGAAAUCCGAAGAGAAAUUUGAAAAAGUCAAAAUGGCACAAAAUACAGCAACGCCGCCGCCGCCUCCGCCGCCACCCCAAGAAAAAAAGAAAAAACGAUUUUUUCCGUGGUGUCAGUGACGCGAUAUGUAAAAAAUACCAAAUAAAUAACACAAAAUUA